UCCCUCUCUCCCCUCUCGUCCAGCUCUCGCAAAGAGCUCCUGACCAUCAGAUUUUUGUGCCAGAAUUCCUAUCGAACAACGCCGCCGUUUCCCCUCCCGACCGUCUUCCAGGUCGCCGCUCUGUCCAUGCAUCCACUCGUCCAGGCGUCCACUCCAUUCUUGAGGCGCCUCAAAACAAGAUUCCACGUCCCGACAACUCUCGUGGCAGUAGGCGGACUGCCUUGGCGAGUCAUCUACGUCCAGACGCGCCAGGUUGAAGAGCCGCCCGCGAGUCGGCGGCAUGCGAUGCUCUCUGCUCGGUCGCAAGCUCGGCGCGCUGCAUCGCGGCAAUCGCGCCGGCGAUGGCUCCUCGGCGUCGCCGUGAUGCUCCUGAUGGGGACGAGCCUCCAGGUGCUCUCUAACCGCUGGUAGCUUCACCCGCUCUCACCGAGAGGAUUUUCUAGAAUUCUCAAGAGCACUUUUAGUGUUCUUUCACGGCUCAUGGGCGUGGGUAAUAGCAAGCUUUAGCCGUACGGGGUAGCAUGCUUUCCAAUCGAGGUGGCUUAAGCCGUACGGGGCAGCAUGCUUUCCAAUCGCGCUCAGUGCGCCAGCUGCGUGGCACAGGCAGUGCCGUUUCCCCCCUCUGUCACCCCUCUUUCCCCCCUCUUUCACCCCUCUGUGCUCAUCCGCCAACCCUCAUCUCUCCGCUUCAUCUCUCCUCCGCUCACCCUUGCUCCCGCGCCGCCCGGCGGCAUUCCCCCCCGUCUGCCAUGGUUUGGCACAUUUCCCCCUUCCCCCACCCUCCUGUCGUCUGCCCUUCUCCCCUGGACCCUCCCCGCACAACCAACUCGUCCCCAGAUGGCCUCGUCUCUCCCCCCCGCUGCCUUCCUCCCGCUGCUGGACCCGGCCUUUCCUGCCGACCUCUGUGGCUCGUGGGCCGUCGACUACGCGGCCCUGCACUCCCGCAUGCGCGCUGCUAGCGCCGCUCAACAUGCCGCCGCCGCUGCUGCUGCUGCUGCUGCUGCUGCUGGUGCUGGUGGGGGUGGGGGUGGGGGUGGGGGUGGUGGUGGGGGUGGGGGUGGUGGUGGGGGUGGGGGUGGGGGUGGUGGUGGGGGUGGGGGUGGUGGUGGGGGUGCAAGUACUGGUGCCACUGCAUCCAGUGCAGCAGCAGCAGCAGCAGCAGCACCGCUGUCGUUCCCACCUCCUCCCACCAACUCCUCCUCCCCUCCCACCUCCUCUCCUUCCCCCCCCCUCCGCUUCCUCACCUACGAUUGGCUCGACCAGUGCGGGGGCCUCGGUGACUCACUCGUGGGCCUCGCCACGUCAUUCGCUGUCGCGCUGUUGGACAACCGCGCCUUCCUUAUCCGCCACGCGUGCCUCCCCUGGGCCUUCCAGCCCGCCCUGGUGGACUGGACCCUAUCCUCUGAUAUCCCCCUCUCCCCCGCCCCGCCCAUCCCCCGCGAUAAGCUAUCGGAGAAGAAGCACUGGGAGGAAUGGCAGGGGGAGGUUCAACCGGGGGAGGUGGUACUGCUAGAUCUGCUGAAUCGGAACGCGAAUCCUGAUUGGUUCUUUCUGGGUGGCAAAGAGGGCGGCAAGGCGGGCGGCAAGGGGGGCGGCUUGUCUCAGAACGCAGUGAAUGUACGGGUGAGGUGGAAUCGCGGCAUGCUGACUAGGAUGCUUGCGGGCCCGUGGACGGGGGGGAGGGCGAGGCGGUUACACGAGAUGGGCCUGCGGUUACCGUACGCUUUCGGAUGCAUCCUGAGAUUCCUGUUCAAGCCAAACCCGGAGGUAUGGGAGCGAGUGCAGGCAGUGCAGCAGCAGCUGGUGGCAGGCUCGGCAGCAGGUUCGGGUGCCGGACCUCUCGUAACCGUCGGAUUGCAUGUCCGGCUUCCAGAUGCUGAUGUGGCAUGGCAGGAGAGGGCGAGGCAGGAGGAGACGCAAGGGGAGGGUAAUGCCACAACAGGGAAUGUUGCAGCAGGGAAUGUGACUUUAGCGAAUGUGACACUGGGUACUGAGGAGGAGACAGCGUUGCUCAAAGGAGUGUGGAAGUGGGUGGCGUGUGCCGAGGCCAUAGAGCAGUUCUGGCUGCCCCCGUCCCUCUCGGUGCGAUGGCUGCUCGUCACCAACUCUGCCCGACUUAAGCUGGCGCUCAAGGGGAAAUACCCUGACAAGGUGGUGACAUCUUGCAUCAUGCCACGUCACUCCAACCUCCUCCAUACAAGCCAACUCGAUAUGGUCCCAGUCCGGAAGCUGGCAGAGUGGCCGGCGGGUUCACCCUCUACAUCCGUUCGUGCUGUGCCCACACCCAGCAACAGCAGCGCCGAAUCUGAGCCGUUGAUACAGGUUACCUGUGAGCCGUUGAUUGGUUGUGGACACCCAAUAGGGCCUACAUCACUGACAGCAGGAAGAAAGCUCAUGGAAACCGAUGCAGGAGCUGCACCCGUGGCAGCAGCAGCGGGAGCAGCAGCAGCAGCAGCAGCAGCAGCGCCAGCAGGAGCACCAUCGUCAGCAGGCACUGCUGAGUGGGACAGCAGGGAGGCGUUUCUGGACAUUGUGGCUGACUGGCUGCUGCUGGCGGGGUGCAACACCCACGUGCUCUCCCAGUCGGGCUACUCCGCCACCGCCGCGUUCUACUCGCUGCGGCCCUUCGCGGCUUUCAUGCCCGACAAGUGUGUUCCGGAGGCUCCCAUGCACGCUGACCUGCUCGGGAGGCUGCGCAGCGGCGUGUAAUGCAGCGGCUUAUUGGCAGGCUGCAAUGCUGACAUGCUCUCCGAGUCUGGACAUUUGAGGCGCCUCAAAAACAACGGCAACGCACUCUCCUAGUCUGGAUGCUCCGCCACUGCUGCUGCUGCCGUCUAUGCCCUGUGUGCGGCCCGUCACCACUUACAUGCCUGACAAGAGCGUUUUGGAGGCUCCCAUGCACGCUGACCUGCUCGGGAGGCUGUGCAGCGGCGUGUAGUGUGUAUGUAGGUGGUGUCUUAUUGCUGUCGGGGUGCAACACCCACGUGCUCUCGCACUCUGGCUGCUUUGCCACUGCCGCUACUUGUGCUCUCAUCACUGUGCCCCUUUGUGUCCUACAAGCCUUAUAAGUGCGUGCCUUACAUCCCCAUACAUGUUGAUUUGGUAGGCUGUGCAAUGGUGUAUGGUGCAUGCAAGCGCCUCUGUAGUGCUUGGUGAUCGCUCCCUCAGUCUGGGUCACCUCAGUCUGUGCGUAGGGUCUGGUCACUCCAGCACUGCUGCCGCCUACUCCCUGUGGCCCAUGCCCAUCGCCUCGUAUGGCACAUGCCUGCCUGGCAAAUGUGUGCUAAAGAGCGAAGGAGCUUCUUGCAAGCUGACCUGAUGGGGAGGCUGCACAGCGGCGUGUAAUUGUGUUGUGUGUGUGGUGCAUGACGACC